AUGUCUGAGAAAUACGAGAAAUUGCCAUUGGAGCCAUUCUUCAAAACCAUUGAUGAAUUGCAACCUAAAUUCAUUGAGCGUUUACAAAAGGCUAUAGCCAUUCCAUCUGUGUCAUCAGAUGAAUCGCUCAGACCUAAAGUCGUUGAAAUGGCCCAUUUUUUGGUUGGCGAAUUGGAAAGUUUGGGCUUUACUGAUAUUCAAUUGAAAGAUUUGGGAACGCAACCGCCACCAGUGCAAGAUGCCAAUUUACAAUUACCACCUAUUGUGCUUGGUAGAUAUGGACAAGACCCCAAGAAGAAGACUGUAUUGGUUUAUGGUCAUUAUGAUGUGCAACCGGCAUUGAAAGACGAUGGCUGGAGCACUGAACCAUUUGAUAUGCACUAUGACAAAGCCAAUGGUAUUCUCUACGGAAGAGGUUCCACUGACGAUAAAGGACCAGUUAUGGGAUGGUUGAAUGUGAUUGAAGCUCACAGAAAAUUGGGUUGGGAAUUACCAGUCAACUUGGUUGUUUGUUUCGAAGGUAUGGAGGAAAGUGGUUCCUUGGGAUUGGACGAGCUUGUUGCUAAGGAAGCCAAACAAUACUUUAAGAAUGUUGACCAAGUAACAAUCUCAGACAAUUACUGGUUGGGUACUACGAAGCCAGUAUUGACAUACGGAUUGAGAGGAUGUAACUAUUAUCAAAUCAUUGUUAAAGGUCCUGGCGCCGACUUGCACAGUGGUAUCUUUGGUGGUAUUAUUGCUGAGCCAAUGACUGAUUUGGUCAAGAUCAUGUCUACUUUGGUGGAUGGAAAGGGCAAGAUUCAAAUCCCUGGUGUUUACGAUAUGGUUGCACCUUUGACUGAAAAGGAGGAUAAGCUUUACGAUAAUAUAGAUUUUUCAGUUGAUGAAUUGAAUGCAGCAGCUGGCUCAGAUACUGCACUUCACCAAAACAAGAGGGAUAUUUUGAAACAUAGAUGGAGAUACCCAUCAUUGUCAUUGCACGGUAUUGAGGGUGCCUUUUCUGGUGCCGGUGCUAAAACUGUGAUUCCAUCAAAAGUUGUUGGUAAAUUCUCAAUUAGAACAGUGCCAAACAUUGACCUGGCAAAAUUGGAUCAACUCGUUUUCAAACACAUUAAUGAAGAGUUUGCUAAAUUAAACUCGCCAAACGAGUUUAAAGUGGAGUUGAUCCACGAUGGUAACUACUGGGUUUCCGAUCCAUUCAAUGAGAGUUUUCAAGCCGCUGCCAAGGCCACUGAAGAUGUGUGGAAUAUCGUGCCAGACUUUACAAGAGAAGGUGGCUCAAUCCCAAUCACUUUGACUUUUGAAAAGGAAUUGGGUGUUGAUGUGCUUUUGUUGCCAAUGGGUAGAGGUGAUGAUGGUGCACACUCGAUCAAUGAAAAAUUGGAUGUAAGUAAUUACAUCAAUGGGUGCAAAACAUUGGGAGGAUUUUUGCACUACUACGGUAAAUCUUAA